GCACAGCCCGAUCGAGAGAGAGAGAGCGCCUUCGCUUUCACGUCCAUCCAAACUUCCCCCAAAAGCUAAGGAGAGACUUUAGAGAGAGAGAAGGCGCUCGACGGUUCGCCAUUUUGCCCCUCCAAGAACUCGCAAAAAUUCCGAGAGAAAGAGCGCCGCGUCUUUAUCUUUCAUCGAAAACCCAUUUCCUUCCUUCGCGCGACGGGAGCACCAUCUUUACCCCACCCCCCCGCAAGCGUACACACAGAAGGGUCGCCUUCGCGUUCACUUUCUUUUGGGGGGUAGGAGGAGGAGGAGGAGCAAGAAUCCAAGAACGCACGCCGCGCCGGUACAAAAAAAAUCGUGGGUCGAGCGGGGGAAGCCUCGAUGGAGUGAUAAAAGGGGAGCAAAUCUGGCAAACAUAGGAGGACUGCGGGCUCGCUUGUCGCUGAAGCAAUCGCCCUCCGGCUGCGCCGACGACGACGAGGAGUGCAGGCCUUGGCGUCGCCGCUUCUCCUUCAUGGCUCUCACCUGGGGCUCCGCCCUCCGCGUCGCCCUCCUCCUCUCCCUCCUCCUCGCCGCCGUCGUCGCCUGCUUCACCCUCCCCGUCGAGAAGAUUCUGAAGAAUUUCUUGUUAUGGGUUGAACAAGACCUUGGCCCUUGGGGUCCGCUUGUUUUAGCCAUUGCAUAUAUUCCACUGACAGUGUUGGCAGUUCCAGCUUCAGUACUCACCCUUGGUGGUGGUUAUUUAUUUGGCUUACCCGUUGGAUUUGUUGCUGACUCCAUUGGUGCUACUAUUGGAGCCGGCGCUGCAUUUCUCCUUGGCAGAACUAUUGCAAGAUCAUUCGUUAUUUCUAAAUUAAAGGAUUAUCCUCGGUUCCGCUCGGUUGCUGUUGCAAUUCAUAAAUCUGGGUUCAAGAUUGUCUUGCUGCUGCGGCUGGUUCCCUUGCUUCCGUUCAACAUGUUGAAUUACCUCCUUUCUGUGACUCCAGUGCCAAUUGGGGAAUACAUGCUGGCAUCUUGGAUAGGCAUGAUGCCUAUAACACUCGCACUGGUGUAUGUUGGGACAACUUUAAAAGAUCUUUCUGACGUGACACAUGGAUGGAGUGAAUUUUCAGCUACCCGUUGGGUUUUAAUCAUUCUAGGCCUUGUGGUAUCUGCUAUUCUGAUUUUCUGCAUUACUAGAGUCGCCAAGGCGGCUUUGGAAAAAGCUCUGGCCGAAAAUGAAGAUCUUGAUGGAGUUUUAGCGACAUCACAGUUGCCUAUAGUGGCUGAACCGGUUGCCGACCUGAAUCAGCCUCUUGUCAUAAAGAUAGAACCUUCUGAAGAGAAUCACGAACAGUGAAAAAAAAAUGGAAAAGGAAUCCAUCUUUCUGUAAAUUCUUCUCCUUUUAUCAUUUUUGUAGGAUGUUACUCUCCAUUUGAACCUCCACAUGCCGUUCUCAGCAUUCGAUGCUUGUGAUACAUCUACUGUACAGUCCCAGUUUUCUGCUUUAGCAUGAACAAGAAAUUCUCUCAUUUUUAAACGAAUGAAAUCAUAAAAAUCUCAAUGAAAUAUUCGUUUUUUUU